GACUUCACAUCUCAGUUCUUAUAGGUGACUUCUGGAAUUCUAGCAAGAAUGUACUGCUGGGGUAAUAACAGAUAUAGUCAGCUGGGUCUUACAGACAAAGGAGAAGAAGAUGUUUCCUUUACAAAAAAUGACUACUUUACUAGUCAGGUAACUGUUGGGAAGGUGGCCUGUGGAGGAAGACAUACACUUUUUCUCCAAGAAGAUGGCAUUGUUCUUGCUUGCGGUAAAAAUGACUGUGGGCAGCUGGGCAGAAGAACUGACUCCAGCGCCUUAGAACCUAUCUAUUCACUGGAAUCCCAGACAAUCGUGGAUGUGAGCUGUGGGGCUAACCAUUCUGUGGCAAUCUGCAAUGAAGGGAAUAUAUUUGCCUGGGGUGAAGGAUCACAAGGACAGCUUGGAUCAGGAAAAUUUCUUCAGCAAUCUCCUAUUCCUAGGAAGAUAGCUGGAUUGUCUGAUAUAAGAAUAAUACAGAUAUCUUGUGGACACUUCCAUACAAUUUCCCUUUCAGCAGAUGGCAGUGUUUUUUCAUGGGGAAAGAAUGAUUUUGGUCAACUUGGACUGGGCAAACAGAUGCCUAACCAAGCCAGCCCUCAACUCGUAAAGUCUCUGAAAGGAGUUCCUCUGGUUCAAGUCUCUGCAGGUGGUUCUCAGAGUUUUGCUCUGUCAAUGUUAGGAAUUGUGUUUGGCUGGGGAAAGAACAGUGCUGGACAAAUAGGACAUGAGACCAACCCUCCAAAAGCAGCUGUAUUUAGACCACAUGCAGUAAGUUCCUUGAGAGAUAAAUGUGUCAACUAUAUCAGUUGUGGAGAUGAACACACGGCUGUAUUAAGCAAGGAGGGCACUGUAUACACUUUUGGAGAUGGCACACAAGGACAGCUAGGGAAAAGUUCUGUCACUCACACUUCUGUACCUCAGAAGAUAGAAGAAUAUGAAGGGCAGGUUUCACAGAUAGCAUGUGGAAGCUACCACACACUUCUAUAUGUCUUUACAUCUAAUCAAAUUGUGUCUCUUGGUCAUGGAACACAAAUGAAACUAGAUGACCAUCCACCAGAAGUGCCAUUGCCAUCUGAUGUUGACAGCUUGUUCACAUCAAAAGACCUCAAGGACAUUUAUUUAAAGCAGAUCUUUGCUGGGAACAAUGUCAACUUUGCAACCUCUGCUUUACAACCACAGAUCCAUACUAUUACUCUAAUGACUGAUAGCUUACAAAAAAUUUGCCGACUCAACGACACUGUGGUAAAGAACUGGAUAGACGCAAAACCUGGAAAACCAAAGCAUCAGGAUGCAAAAAGGGAAAUAAUCACAAUUUUUUCAUCACCUGCUUGUCUGACUGCAGGUUUUGUAAGUAACAGAGCUGCUUCAUCUGACACAUCUCCAAUAGUGGAUCUUCAUGUUGCAAAUGAACUUUUUACAAAACUGUGCCAACACAAGUGGAUUGCUGAUAUUAUAUACUCCAGUUUGAAAAAUGAGCUGAUACCAGCACUUGAGAGUUUUCCAAAUCUCUUUGCGGCUCUGGCUGCAUUUUUAGUAAUCCCAGAAUGCCCUAUAAUGCAUGAUGCAACCAUCUGCUUUCCGUUAACAGUUUCGUUGGCACUGGCUAUCAACAGUCUAAGCUCAAACGCUGUAAAAAUGUUGGAGACUUUAUGGUCAUCUUUGCCUGAACCUUCUCUAACAAAGCAAAUCCAAGUGUUUAAAAUAGCCUUGGUAUUGUCUGUGUUCACUAAGAAGGAGUCUCCUAAACAUUCAUUAGAAGUACUAAAGAAGCUUUAUAAGGCAAACAUGAAAGCUGGCUAUAAAGUACCAAUACCUUACUUCUGCGUACCUGAAGUCUCCAGUGUAAUCAUCAUCCCUGUUGACCUUAACAAUUGGCGUAUCUGGCAAAGACAAACUGAGGCUGAUAACAUUAUACAGGAAGUAUAUUGCCGAUAUCCAUUUAUCUUUACAUAUGACACCAAGGUUCAGUAUUUGGACUUUGAUGCAAUACAGAAGAAGAAUGCAGCAAAGCUAGAAGCCAGUCAAGUGCUUGUGAUGAACAGAAUGCAGGGCAGCAGUGAUAAUCCCAGAAUACCUUUAUUACAUCUCAAACUAAGACAUCAACAUCUACUGGAAGAUGCACUGAACAAGAUAAGCAUGGUGGAAGAUUGUGACCUACAAAAGGAACUACUGGUGGAAUUUCAUGGUGAGACUACAAUUGAUCCCAGAGCAACAAUGACAGAGUUCUUUCUCAUAGUGGCUGAAAAGAUGGUCCAACCUGAUUAUGAGCUAUUUACUUUUUCUGACCCACUACUACCAAUGUGGUUUCCAAGUCAUUCAUUAGAGGACAAAAAGAAGUAUUAUCACUAUGGCAUACUGUGCGGAUUGGCAAUUUUUAACCAGGUUGUAAUUUAUCUACCAUUUCCACUUGCUUUGUUUAAAAAACUUCUGGGUAAAAAACCUACUCUAGACGACUUAAAAGAGCUACAGCCUACUAUAGGGAGGAGUAUGCAGAGUCUAUUGGAUACUGAAAAUGAAAAAGAUGUGGAAAGCCUAGAUCUGAAUUUUAUUCUAUCCUGGGAAAACCAGCAUAUAGAACUGGUCCCCAAUGGAGCGACAGAGCGUGUGACCCUUUUAAACAAGCACAACUAUGUAAAUAAAUGUGUGGAUUACAUUUUCAACACUUCAGUGGCAGAGACAUUCGAAGAGUUCAGGAGAGGUCUCUUCAAAGUCUGCGACAAGGAUAUUCUUUUAUUUUUUCGGCCGGAAGAGCUGAGAGCACUUGUCGCUGGUCACGCUAACUAUGACUGGGCCGCAUUUGAAAAGAAUACAAUUUACAUGGGAAAGUAUUCUCCAACACAUCCAACUAUCGUGAACUUUUGGAAAGUCUUUCACGAACUACCGCUGGAAAAGAAGAAAGCAUUUCUCUAUUUUCUAACUGGAAAUGACAAAAUCCCAGGAUUUGCAAUACAGAACACUGUUAUGAAGGUCACCUCCUUUGGGGUCCGAAAUGAAAGUUACCUCCCUGCUGCAAAUACCUGCUUUCAGCAACUACGCCUUCCUGAAUACUCAAGAAAGGACCUCCUACGCGCAAAACUUCUUCUAGCGCUAGAGAACAACAAAGGCUUUGAAAAGAUAUAGAUAACCUGCUUUUUAGCAUUUAGUGUCAUAAAUGCUGGAUCCUCCAGCAUCUAGAUCUAGACCCAGAAAUUCAUGAUCCACUUAAACUCUGUGCACUCUCGGUUGCAAUGAUAUUUUUGCACGCCAUGAUUUCUUAUGUGUGUAUAACUGGAUAGAACAUCUGAUAUAGACAUGUAAACUGAUGUAGAUAAGUACAUUUCUCACAUCCACUCUUUUCUUAACAAAAAUGUUAAUGCAUGUCCUUAUUUCCUACCUAAACUAUUGCAACAUCCUUCUCUGGGGCUCCCACCUAACACUCCUACUCCCCUUUAACCCCUUAACGACGCAAGAAAUAAAUGUAUGUCCGGGUGAGCUGGUACUUAACGCACCAGGACGUAAAUUUACAUCCUAAGCAUAACCGCGAGCAUCGGAGCGAUGCCCGGAUCAUGCGCGGCAGGUCCUGGUUGCUGAUCGCAGCCAGGGACCCGCUGGUAAUGGCGGACAUCUGCGGGAUCGCGGGACCAUUAACCCCUCAGAUGCUGUGAUCAAUACAGAUCACGGCAUCUGCAGCAUCGCGGUCACUAAAAUGGAUGAUCAGAUCGCCCGCAGCGCUGCUGCGGCGAUCCGAUCAUCCAGCACGGCAGACGGAGGUCCCCUCACCUGCCUUCCUGGCGUCUACUGCUCUGAUCUGCCUUCCCGCAGACCAGAGCAGAAGAUGACCGAUAACACUGGUCAGUGCUAUGUCCUAUACACAGCACUGAACAGUAUUAGCAAUCGAAUGAUUGCUAUAAAUAGUCCCCUAUGGGGACUAUUAAAGUGUAAAAUAAAAGUAAAAAAAGUAAAAAAAAUAAAGUUAAAAAAAAUUUAAAAACCCCCUCCGCCAAUAAAAAUGUAAAUUGUCCCAUUUUCCCUAUUUCACCCCUAAAAAGGGUUAAAAAAAUAUUUUAGAUACAUAUUUGGUAUCGCCACGUGCGUAAAUAUCUGAACUAUUAAAAUAAAAUGUUAAUGAUGCCGUACGGUGAACGGCGUGAAUGUUAAAAAAAAAAAAAAAUUAAAGUACAAAAUAGCUGCUUUUUUUAUAACAUUUUAUUCCAAAAGAAUGUUAUAAAAAAAUGGAUUCAAAGUUUUAUAUAAGCAAAUAUGGUAUCAAUAAAAAGUACAGAGCACGGCGCAAAAAAUGAGCCCUCAUACCGCAGCUUAUACGGAAAAAUAAAAAAAGUUAUAGGUCUUUAAAAUAGGGGGAUUUUAAACGUACUAAUUUGGUUUAAAAGUUUGCGAUUUUUUUUAAGUGCAACAGUAAUAGAAAAGUAUCUUAUCAUGGGUAUCAUUUCAAUCGUAUUGACCCAAAGAAUAAAGAACACGUCAUUUUUACUGUAAAUUGUAUGGUGUGAAAACGAAACCUUCCGAAAUUAGCAAAAUUGCGGUUUUCUUUUUAAUUUCUCCACACAAAUAGUAUUUUUUUGGUUGCGCCAUACAUUUUAUGGUAAAGUGAGUGAUAGCAUUACAACGGACAACUGGUCGCGCAAAAAACAAGCCCUCAUACUAGUCUGUGGAUGAAAAUAUAAAAGAGUUAUGAUUUUUUGAAGGCGAGGAGAAAAAACGAAAACAUUAAAAUAAAUGGGCUGAGUCCUUAAGGGGUUAAUCCACCCUCAACUCUGCUGCCAGACUAAUUCACCUUUCCCCUUUGCUAAUCCCUUUAUUGGCUACCCAUUGUUCAGUUUAAACUGUUAACAAGGACAUAAGGAUGUCCACAACCUGUCCCCACCAUACAGUUCUGAUCAGAUCUUCCAGUAACCCCCCCCCCCCCCCCCCCCAAUCUCCCCAAUUUGGUAAGGUAUGUUCAAAGUUACUGAAUGCGCUGCAGAUUGGAUUCUAUGUACACCAAUAUAAAUAAAUUACUAAACACAUUAUGAAACAACAUCAUCACUUCCACAGCAUAUAUAGUGAGGAAUUUUAAAAAUGAUCGCAACUGGCAAUGACCACAUGGUCCUAGUGCCGGCCACCCUCAUGAUCACAAAUUACAAACAUACCUCCUCAAUAAUAAUUCGUUUUUUUUUUUUAAGCGUGAAAAUCUCUUUAUGAGUAACACAAGCCUCUAUCCUUCCUCUAUCCCAAAGUUUAAAGGUGUACUCCAGUAGAAACCAUUUUUUUUUUAAAUCAACUGGUGCAGGAAAGUAAAACAAAUUUGUAAAUUACUUCUAUUAAAAAAAUCUUAAUCCUUCCAGUAAUUAUCAGCUGCUGUAUACUACAGAGGAAGUUGAGUAGUUCUCUUCAGUCAGACCACAAAAAACAACAACUUAACUUCCUGUGGAGCAUACAGCAGAUUAUAAAUCCUGGAAGGAUUAAUAUUUUUUAAUAUAAGUAUUCUACAAAUCUGUUUAACUUUCUGGAACCAGUUGGAAAUUGUUUUCCACUGGAGUACCCCUUUAAGUUGUAAGGUAAAGAUGCAUUAUGUGAUGUAUGUGAGAGAUCUGGGUGCAAUGUGCCAGAAUUUUAAAUGUUCCUGAAUUCUAACAUGAGACAUUCAUAAAUGUGAAGGAUUUUACAAAGUUUGGAACAAAACAACAUGAGAAAUGCUAAACCUACACUGUUAAUAAAUCCUCCUCAGUAUG